GAAACAGCUACUAUUACUGUACAUGUAUUAGUACUAUUAAAUUUUAGUAGUGACUGAGUACGACAAGCAUGCACAAUAACAAUGUGGAUCCACCUCGUACAUCUAUGUAGUGACUAGUGACUAGAGAGUCUAGUGACCUCAAAGUCUUGUGCUGCAGCCUAGGCCCGGCGCCCCGUGCUCUUCUUCUGACAGCUAGCUUUGCUAUGCACGUAACCGUUGUGUUUCCCUUGCUCGUGAUGCGAUGGGUGCUGACUGCUGGUGGAUGGAGUGAGUCAGGACAUCGCUAGGGAGUCCUUCCAGGCAUGCCAGGGUGCUGCGAGUUGUCCUGCUCUUGACAGCUACGAGCAUGUAUUUCAGGCGGGGAAUGCCGAGCGCCUAGCGCCUCUUGUCCACUGCUCGGUAGAUAAGCUAGUAAAUACCUAGAAUCUAACUGCCCGUGACGAAUCUGCGAUACAGGAGGCUACGCUGCGUGCCUCAUUAUUUUCCUCAGUAGAUCUACUUAGUCUAUCCUGCCACGUAAACCGCCCUCUCAGCUCAACAUGUCUAACUGCCCGUGACGAAUCUGCGCGCGAUACAGGAGACUACGCUGCGUGCGUGCCUCAUCAUUUUCCUCAGUAGUCUAUCCUGCCAAGUCAACCGCCCUCUCAGCUCAGCAGGUCUUCUACACCGCCUACAGCUCAGGCUUUUUCAGUUGCGAGCAGGAGGACACAAACGCAGACUGAAGUAUUCAAUACCAGUAGUGUUCAGAGGGAGACUCCUGUCACGAAGCGGCUUCGAACUGAAACACGCCAGUUGCAACCAGCUGCGGGCUUUCAAAGAGUUUGAGUUUUUCUGAAGAAACUAGUUCUUGCACACUCAGUCCAAGGGCCAUUAUUAAGGUGGCUCCAAUGGUGGUUCCAGUUCACCCUUCAGAACGUCAUUAGCGUGGUAGUAGGCCAGGACUCCGUGCUUAUAAAGGCAACACUCUUCUCGGUGCUUAGUGCGACGAGAGUCGACGCGCGCAGCGCAGCUUGCUCGCAACUUCAGGAAGCCUACUGUACACACUGCAGCAUUGUGGGCGCUAGCCGAAGACAUCAGCCGGCAUGGUUCUUUCCGCUGACGCGCACAGCUCCACCUCACCUGCACCUGUAUAUUUACAAUGCACAAGAGACCACCAAACUCAAAGCACGUCUUUGCACUGCCCGCGUUUCCACCGAGGUGCAUGUCUGUCUUCUGCUACCGGUAGCGAUACCAGCAUAACACCCGUGGCAAUGGCUGUCGCGCGAGAGAAGACUCCACCGACGGCUCAAGCUUCAUCUGGGACGAGCUGUUGCAGCAGAAGUCCCAGCAGAAGUCCCAUUCAAUGCGCCUUAGAAAAUGAAUCGGUGAGUUGUUCUUGCUUACUUGUUCAAGAUGAACGAAGUUUCCUUGAGGCUGAGCAGUCCAGCUCACCCAGCAAGCUCAGCAGUACUCAAGCUCGGUAUAGUCCUUUCCCUUGUGACUAUGAGUAUGAGAUCAAGGCUGAAUAUCCGCCGGGUCCACCGCCUUCGCCAACCUCGCCUUUUAGUUUUUUAGCCAUGGAUUCAGGCUUGGAUUCAGGUGGUCAAGGCAACCCCGACAACAUGGCUGGCGGUGGGAUUAGCGCGCUCAUGGCGGGAAUCCAUACUCUCGAGCAACAACAGGCAGAAACCCAGAGUCGCUUAGACGACCUGGAAGCUGCCAUUACGGGGUUGAAAGUUAGUUAUCGGGAUCGCCGCGUCUCCCAGAAUGAUGUAUCAAUGAAUUGCCGCCCGGCCCGCAGCCUCAGGCAAGUGUACCGAGACCCAGCCACACAGCGUGAAUGUUCACCGAGGUCACCACAGGCACUGCGGCAUCAGGCAGGUUCCAAGAGAACGGCGGCCGAGGCAAGCGCACCUGAAGAUGUCCCCGAUUCCUGGGCGACGGCGAUGGCAGGUGGCCCGCUCCGAACGGGUAGCUUGCGCCGACCGGAGAGCCCUGAGAGUGCUUGUGACUCGCCGCGCAUGACCCGCCAUCAGUCAGCACCAGACAUGAUGUGUAUUCCUGGUCCCGGCGGGACGUGUCUAUUGCCGCCUCCAGCUGCUGCUGCCACUUCUGCGCAGCUGAACACGAUCGAGGAGUCGGUGGAUGGGGAUGCCUCUGCUGAAAGCGCCACUGCUGACAAGCCCAUGUUGAGUUGCCGGCUAGAGGACGAAAAUUAGAUGCCACCUGGUGUUGAUCUAUGAUGCCCACGGGUCGUCAUGGUGUAGACUAGGGAACCAGCCAGCAAUGUAACAGAGAUGCUGACGGUUCCAAUAAUUUAUACAAGUUUUAGUGAUUCCAAGACCAUGCCAGGUGUGGAUUGUGCAAAUCGAGGUUUGAAUCUGUAUGGGGUAGAGCUAGCCACAAGCACUGGCCUGCCAUCCAUCUGAACCUCGAUUGAACAAGCACAUGUGUGCCUGCAGGUGUGUGUGUGUGUGUGUGUGUGAGAGAGAGAGAGAGAGAGAGUGUGUGUGUGUGCGUGCACGCACGUGUGUGUGUGUGUGUGUGUGUGUGUGUGUGUGUGGUGUAAUCCCAGCACAAGUUGCUAUGUCUAACAUAGCUGUUCGCUAUCAUCGCUUCCGCGAUGGGCAUGUCUGAGGUCUGAGGUGUGUGUGUGUGUGUGUGUGUGUGUUUUUUUUUUUUUUUUUUUGUGAGAGAGGGAGAGAGAGAGAGAGCAUUAAAUUAUGUGUGGAACACACACUGUGUGUGUGUGUGUGUGUGUGUGUGUGUGUGUGUGUGCAUGCGUAUGCAUGCAUGUAUAUUGUUACUUGUAUAAUGUAUUUAUGAGAGUGUGUGUGUCCACACCCAGACUUGCAUGCAUUCCAUUGCCGCUAAGUUGCCAUGUCACCGAGGCAAAUUGCAUGUUCUCAACCCGUCCCAAUCCAGUUCUAUUUUCACCUCCAUUUUUAUCUACUGCUUGACCAUGUUAUCCUUCAUUUUCCACGCUGUGAAUUUUUAUGGUUUGACAGCCCGUAACCAUGGUAACAUGAGGCUGAGUGUGCUGCUCAGUGUAUACCAUGCACCAGCCCAUCGUGCUGCACUGAAUUGUAAACUCUUCUCUGAAGAAUGGAAAUGGUGCAAUGGCCCCAAAGCGA